GGGAAAGUGGAUGCCGCUUCUUUGCAAUGGUGCGCUUCCUGCAGCUCCGACAACGAGCCCCGCUCAUCAUUUGUGGAAAUUGUCCGGCUGUGCAGGCAGAAGCUUCUCCGUAUUCUUUAGUUGACAUCUGCUUGAAUGUCUUGGUUGCUGAUCUGGCAAAAUUCUGUACAGAAAGGCCAGAUGGGUCACUGUGCUUGAAAGAAUCCGAAAGGCUUCCACAAGAAGUAGCUGAUCGAUUGCUGCAAAUAAUGGCAUAUCAAGAGUUGUUAAAUGAUGGCACAGUGGGCAUUUUCCAAGGAAACCAAAUUCGUUUGAAGCAAGCUUGUAUCCGCAAAGCGAAAAUCUCAGCCCAGUCCUUCAAGAAAGCCUUCUGCCAUCAUAAGCUAGUACAGCUUGAUGCGGCAGGAAUGAAUGAAACUGUUACCAUUGCAGAUGUCGUGAGUGGAUUGGGAAGCAGUAAAUGGAUCCAGAACAACCUCCAGCGUCUUGUCUUGGACUCGUUACUUCUUUUUCCUACAAAUUCAUAUGAAAGAUGCUUCAGUCAAUUCCCCAGUCUUCGUUCUUUGAGUGUUACAAAUGUGAUGUUCGGGGAUGAACAUCUAGCAGACGUUGCUACCCUACCAAGAUUAGAAAACUUGGAUAUAUCCAACACUUCCGUUACAAACAUAUCUGCGCUCCUUGCCUGCAGGAAUCGUCUGAAAUCUCUAACUAUGUACAGUUUGAAAUGUUUGAAAAUGCCUACCACAAAAGUUUUAGAUAUAAUAAGAGGACUAAAAUAUCUGGUUCAUCUUGAUAUCUCAGAGGAUCAGCAUUCUGGAUCCGAGAUUGCCUUUGGUUUGCUAAGGCAAAAAGACAUUCUGCCUAAUCUUGUAUCGUUGGACAUUUCAGGGAACAAAUCUAUUACUGAUGAAGCCGUAGAAGCGUUUGUCAGGCAGCGGCCGAAAAUGCAAUUUAUAGGUUUGUUAGGUACAGAAGCUGGAUUCACAGAGUUCCUUUCAGGACAGGGAAGCAUGAAGGUAUCAGGGGGAGAAAACGAAAUGCAGAUUUUAGAAGCUCUGAAACGCUACAAUGAAAGGCCAGCAUUUGUGAAGGAGGCCUUCUUUCAUCUUUUUACACAAACCUGUUUUAUGAAAAUUACAAAGCCUGAAAUUUUAAAGCUUGUGAUUAUUGGGAUGAGAAAUCACCCUUUGGAUUUGGCAGUACAGUUGACAGCUAGUGCCUGUGUCCUUAAUUUAACUAGGCAAGGCCUAGCAGCAGGCGUGCCUGUUCGUCUGCUCUCCAGUGUGAUUCAGCUGCUCCUUAAAGCCAUGGAAACUUUUCCUGAACAGCGGCAGCUGCAGAAGAAUUGCCUUCUUUCGUUAUCUAGUGUCAGGAUCCUCCAAGAUGUUCCAUUUAAUAGGUUUGUGGCUGCCAAAUUUGUUGUUCAAUGGCUUUGUAAUCAGGAAAAUCAACAUAUAGAAAGAAUUGCGGUUAAUGUAAUCUCUAUCUUGGCACUUAAGCUUUCAGAUGAGCAAGCAGCACAACUUUCUGCAGAAUUCUACAUUGUUGUUGGGAAACUGCUUGAAAUAAUUGAACAAAAAACAAAUCAGACUGAAUUAGAUACAACUUUCCAUUUUACACUUCGUGCACUUUGGAAUCUCACAGAUGAAGCUCCAACUAUGUGUGCACACUUUAUGGACAAUAAAGGACUGGAACUUUUCUUGGAUGUUUUAGAGAUUUUUUCUUCUGAUUCAUCUAUACAACACAAAGCUCUUGGCCUGCUGAACAACGUGGCCGAGGUGAGAGAGCUGCAUCCCAGGCUAAUGCAGAAGGACUUCGUGGAUCGUGUCAGUGAACUUCUGAACAGUGCUGAGAUAGAAGUCAGCUAUUUCGCAGCUGGGAUUACGGCCAAUUUGCUAUCUAGAGGUGAACAAGCCUGGACAUUGAGUCAAAAACUGAGAAGAUCCCUUAUUGAAAAGCUGCAUUCAACCCUUUUGAAGUGGCCAACACCAGAAUGCAAGAUGGUAGCAUUGCCAGCCUAUAGGUCCCUCAAGCCAUUUUACCCACUGCUUGACUGCUUUGCAUUACCUGGAGUACAGAUCUGGGCUGCGUGGGCUAUUCUGCAUGUCUGUUGCAAAACCCCUGCCAAGUACUGUGCAAUGUUAAUAGAAGAGAAUGGAUUACAGCACUUAUAUAAUAUCAAAGAAAAUGAACAGAGUGAUCCUGAUGUCCGGUAUCUAAUAACGGAGGUAUUAAGUUAUGUGGAAACUCAUAUAAAGUAUUAUGGGAAGCCUAAACAUCUAAAAGAGCUACAAGCAAUUCAAAUUGAUAAAUGAGGUCAUAUCUUUACCUCUGCCAUAUAGUGUUGACGGCUGUACUGGUGAUCCAUUUCACAAUUUUUGUUUUUAUCAAAAUGGCUCUUCUUGCAUCUUUUUUAAGUCUUCUGUAACUAACGUAUGGCUCUUGUAUAUUGACAAAUUGCUUAGUAGUAGCUUUGAAGAAAGAUGCCAGUUUUUAUAAAGGUAAUUGGGAAGUCCAAGGCUCUGCAAAUGGAGGCUUUGAAAUAAUGUUUUUUUCUCGCUAGAAUCUCUUUGUUUUAUUGUCCAUUCUCCAUAAGUAGUAGAAUUGAUAUUGUUCACUGAUUGCCGAGACAAAAUAAGAACAGCUUAAUAUUACUGACUGACUGGCAAGUUCUGGAUAAGGAAAUGUGGGUUUGUUUCUACUAAAACAAUGAGUCUGCAGCCAACAAUGGGGUCAGUCACAAGCCACAAUGAUACACUGUUGUGCAUGACCAAAGAAGAGAUUCUGGCUUUAGUCUAUUGUACAUAUAUGUUUGCCAUGAUGUAAUAUAAACCACUUUGUUACUGCAUUUUAUUUCUGGGUAUAUAAACUAUUUUUCUGGGUAUAUAAACUUUUAUUUCUGGGUAUAUAAACUAUUUUUCUAUGAGUGGAAAAAAUCUUUCAAGAUACUUUUUAGGUUUUAUCUAAAAAAAAAAGAUAUUUGUCAAUGAUGGUAUUUCAAACUGACUGCAUGUUUCUGUCUUCAAGAAAAUUGGUCAUAAUGCAAAAUAAAGCUUUCAUAAAGUCAAAUUCAUUAUAUGGUAGCUAACCAUGUAGAAAUGAAUUUUAUUUUUGCUGUUAUUAUUGUCACUGGAUGUAACAUUUAUGUUCUCCCAAAGUUGGGUGGCUUGGAUUAAUUGUUGUGAGAAGAAAAUAUAGUAGAUGCUGAAUUUAUCUUAUGGGAAGUUGCUAGUACAGUUAAAGCAAUAUAUCUGAGGAAAAAUGGGGUAAGGGAAAACUUAUGAAGAAAAAUCAUAAGUUAAAUUAUCUCAGGCACUCUAGAAGGGGGUGUGCUAAAAUAGGGUGCAUUUUAUGAAUAGUCAAGUUGACCAUAACUCAUUAAUGGAAAGGGAAAAGUCAGUAUAGUCUAAUAUUUUGACUUUUUAUACUGCUAUCUAUUAGUCAAAGCUUAUUCCAAUUAAAGAUCAGCAUAAAACAAACAAUUAUUACAGAAUGGGGCCUGUUUGUAAAUGUAAGCACAAGAAUUUAUUGAUUUUGUCCCCUGGUCUCAGAUCUCUAGAUCCUGUACCCACAACAUUCCUGGAUGUUCUCACAACUC